AUGGCAAAAAAAGUUUUGUCAUAUUAUGAUGUUAUACUUUAUGAAGAGGAUGUAAAAUUAUUUGAUGAUUAUAACUGGAUCAAUGAUCAAUGUAUUGAUUUUUAUAUAGAACCAGCAUUAAUUUACCUUAUAUCCAAUGCUGCUGAUACAAAAUAUUUUAAAAAUGUUAUCCCAAAUCAAGUAUUUUCAUCAGAAAUAUUUUUUAUGAUAAUAAAUAACAAUUUAAAUGUAAAUCAACCAAGAGGUGGAACUCAUUGGUCAUUAUUAAUCUAUGUUAAAGGGCUUAAUACAUUUUUUCAUUUUGAUAGUUGUCAUAAUAUGAAUGAAAAGAUUGCUAAAUUUAAUGCACUUAAAUUUUCAGAAAUUAUUAAAAUUCAAGAAUGUGGAAUAUAUGUUUUAUCUUUUAUGGAUGUACUUUAUAAAAGAUUCUUGGAUUAUUCAUCAUUAGACAAAUUAGAUGUUGAGAAAUUACUUGAAAUCAGUCAUCAACUUGAAAUACCAUUGAUGGUACCUAAUAAUAAUACUGAAAAAUUAAAAACUGCAUAUACAAUAUCUGUUGAUUAUAAACAUG